UGUCUUUGUCAUUUCCUUCCUUCCUUCCGUUCAUUUGGUAAGUCAAAGCCAACACAUGAAUUGUGAUGUUGGGUUUCGUACAUAGUCGAAAAUUAUAAGGAAACUCUGAAAAUUUUAAAUAACCCCUCUCACCCUAAAAACACAUAUAUUGAAAUGGAGACCUCUACGUCAGGCAGAGAAGGUAAAGCAGAGAUUGUGUUCUUCGACAUGGAAACAACAGUACCCAACAGAGGUUGGAAACGGUUCUGGGUGUUGGAGUUUGGAGCAAUCGUGGUUUGCCCGCAGAAACUUGUUGAAAUAGAUAGCUAUAGCACGCUCGUGAGACCCAAGGAUUUGUCAGUGGUGUCAUUGAAGUCCGGACGAUGUGAUGGAAUAACUAGGAAAGUUGUUGCAAAUGCACCGGAUUUUGAAGAUGUUGCAGACAAGAUAUUCAGUAUUCUGAAUGGCAGGGUGUGGGCAGGCCACAACAUUCGAAGAUUUGACUGCAUUCGUAUUAAGGAGGCCUUUGCUGAGAUUGGAAAGCCUGCACCACAACCGGCGGGGAUGAUUGAUUCUUUAGGGGUCUUAACCGACAAGUUUGGCAGAAGAGCUGGAAAUAUGAAGAUGGAAACAUUGGCUGCUUACUUUGGGCUUGGGCAGCAAAAGCACAGGAGCCUGGACGAUGUUCGGAUGAACUUGGAAGUCCUCAAGCAUUGUGCAACAGUGCUAUUCUUGGAAUCGAGUCUCCCAAGCGCAUUGCAUGGCAAGUGGCAGCUGGGCUCUUCUACAGUAAUGACACGAAGUAGAACAAAUGGAAAAACAUGAUUGCCUUGCAGAUCAGAAGAAACUAACCGGAAAUCUACCCCAACCUGCACUGGAUAUGAGAUCAGAGCAUGCAGUAGUACUUCCAGCUUAUACAUGGUGUAGUUUGCAUGGAAAAAUGUAUAUAGUACUUUUAGUUACACUUUAA